CUUCCUUAUCAUCAAUCAUUCAACUUGAAGUCGUUCUUCGGAUAUUAAUCCGGCUGCUACAAUGGCUUGGCGCUGUUCUGGUCGCACAAACGCAGACCUAAUUACAAACAUGCACACAGCACAAAUUAUCACAACAGAUAGAGUGGACGAGGCCAUGACGAAAGUUGACCGUGCAAAUUAUGUCAUCCACAAAUCGGAAGCAUAUGACGACUCCCCUCAAUCCAUCGGGCAUGGCGCAACCAUAUCUGCACCACACAUGCACGCACAUGCGAUCGAGCACCUUCUCGACUACCUUGGCCCGGGCAAGCGCGUCCUCGAUGUCGGCAGUGGAUCCGGCUACCUUUGUGCCGUACUCCACCACCUUGUCCCAGGCGGCGUUGUCGUGGGCAUCGAUCACAUCCCCGAACUGGUUGAUUGGUCAAAGGCUAAUCUCAGACAAGAUGGACUGGGCUUCGCUCUCGAUAACGGCGAGAUCGUCACUGUCACUGGCGAUGGUCGUCAGGGAUAUAGCGACCUUGCCCAAUACGAUGCAAUUCAUGUCGGCGCCGCUGCCCCGACCAUCCCACAGCAGCUGGUAGAUCAGCUCAAGAGCCCUGGGCGCAUGUUCAUACCAGUUGGGACAUUUGCUCAGCAGAUCACCCAAGUCGACAAGGACGAGAAUGGUAAAGUCACAAAGAAGAAUUUGAUGGGGGUCAUGUAUGUCCCCCUUACCGAUGCAGAGAGGCAGCGGAGAGGCUACUGAGGAGGUCCAGGAUUCAGCGUUUCAGAUCGGAAGGAGACUCACUCAAACGAACCAAGUGCUAUUGUUGUUUUCAUGUUCGCUUUCAACUAAUCAUCAACUUGUAUCAGUAUCAGUCACCAUUGAUUACGUUAACCGUGCGUUUUUGUUCACCUUAUCUGAUCGGGAAAAACGGGUGUACCUCAGCUUUCAAUCCACCGAUGUGACGUCGGAACUCGCAGGUGAAAAAAAUUGCGACAGAUAUCACCCUGUGGUUGCGUGACUACAUGCAAAGCUCGGAGUUACUGUGGUUUCAGUCGUAACGGACACGGUGUUUUGGGAAGCUUGCCAUCAGUCUCUGGUAUUUAAUAUUUAUACAUCCUACUGCUAAAGCCAUCACACUAUUCCCAGAGCAGCGCUAGCACUUCCUCGAUGGAUCCACCUACACGCUGAGCUUCUACAUGAUAGUAGAUACAUCGACAAAGGACCCUCUAUAUGUGAGUGCAAGG